AUGCGUCCAUCGCCUGAGAAUAUAGCCAGUCUUGUUCUGUCCAAGUUUGACACGCUUCCUCAAAAAUGCAAACCCAGAUCUCAACCAGAUGGCAGAAGAGAAUGGACACCAUUGUCAGCCAUUGUUCUCGCCAGAUCUGGCCGUGAUCCUGAGUUAACGUGCGUGUCCCUGGCCACCGGUACCAAAUGUUUGCCAUCAUCUGCUAUGGUCAAAUGCCAGGGGAUGGUUCUUCAUGAUUCUCACGCCGAAAUCCUUGCAUUGCGUGGCCUGAACUGUUGGUUGCUGUCUGAGGCGAAAGAAGUCUUGUCUGACCCAAGCUACCGUUCGCCUUUUCUGGAGUUCGACUUGUCGGGGCCUUCCAAUGCGGCUCGAGAUCAGCCCUCCUCCCCGAUGCCACCAUUGAAAUUACAGCAAGAUAUAUCCAUCCACUUCUUCACCACCGAGGCACCGUGUGGUGAUGCAUCUAUGGAGAUUUUGAUCAAGUCAAUGGGGCCGGGCGAAACAGAGCCUUGGCCGGUGGAGGAUACCGCUCUGAAGACCCUUCAGGGACGAGGCCACUUUUCUCUACUAGGCUAUGUGAGACGAAAACCUGCACGAGCAGAUGCAGAUCAAAGCCACUCUAAGUCUUGCACUGAUAAAUUGACCGUGAAGCAAUUCACCAGCGUCCUCUCGUUCCCUACAGACCUCUUCAUCCAACGGACUGAAAACGCCUACAUUCGGACUCUGAUAGUAUAUCGUGAUCAAUAUGACUCCACAGGCUAUGAGCGCGCAUUCGGACGAAGUGGAAGACUCUCCAACGUUUGCAGCCUAGAUCACCCAUUUCGUAUCGAUCCCCUGCCUGAAGACUUUCCUCGGUUCAUGUAUGAUCGGGCCAACACAGACUCCGACCAUGAAUGCAAAGCGAAGGUGACGAACAUUUCCGCGUUGUGGAUAAGGUGUGCUGGCACAGCAGCAGCAACAGCAGCCGACGUUGUCGAAGUUCUCAUGAACGGCGUCAAGUCGGGCUUCAAGCAGUGGGAUCAGAGGCCGACGAAAGCUAGCAUUGUAUCUCGAUACAAGCUAUGGCAACUCGCGCACAGCAUGCUCCCCUUCAUUCGAGAUGAAGAGGAACUCCAUCGCCCACACCAUCAAGCUUGGGCUGAUGGCCUAUCUCAAUCAUUAUCAGCUGAAACCUAUGCGGCAGCAAAGUCCACGAUUUUGCGAGCCGAUCGGAUCACACUCAAGAACGGCACCACUGAUGCAUUAGGCAAUUGGGAGAAUAACGAUGGCGACUACAGCUGGAACUGCACGGAUGUAUAG